UCCGACGGAAGGUUACCCACACUGGUUAGUGAGGUGUUUGAAUAAGACUGGAGCACAUGUUUUCUCGAACGGAAAUGGAGCACAAUGAAUUGUGAUCGUGUACAAUCUAUUCCACAAACCUAAAAAUGAUGGUGAGUGAGUGAUAUGCAGGAUGUCGGAGUUCCGAGUAGGAGGGCUUUUCUUUACCUCCAAGUUUGACUCUGGCAACCUGUCUCGGGUGGAGAAGGUUUACAAAGAUGAGGAUGAAGAAGGUGGUGCUGGUGGGUUUUACAGUGAGCCUAAACCAGACUACGAGUUUAACGUAUGGACCAAGCCUGAUUGUGCAGAAACUGAGUUUGAAAAUGGCAACAGAUCUUGGUUCUACUUUGGGAUCAGAGGGUGGAAUCCCAACAGGCUAAUCAAGAUCAACAUCAUGAAUCUAAACCGACAGGGCAAACUAUACAGCCAAGGACACGCCCCCUUCACCAGGACUCUCCCCGGGAAACCUCGCUGGGACCGUAUCAGAGACAAACCAACAUAUGAAACAGUAGAUGGCCAGUUUAUCCUCACCUUCACCUACCGAUUCCUUGACCUGAAGGCGGCUACUGCCUACUUUGCAUUUUGUUUCCCAUGGUCUUAUACCGAGACCCAAGAACAGCUUGAUCAACUGGACAUGAAAUUUGCUGAUGCCAAAAAUCUUACCUCAAAAAGUAAUCCAGACAGCAUUUACUACCACAGGGAACUUCUUUGUAAGUCCUUAGACAAUCUACGCAUAGAGCUAGUCACCAUUUCAUCUUGCCAUGGUAUAGUUGAUGAGGAUGAGCCUCGUUUUGACAGUAAUCUCUUCCCAGAUAAAGAUGUACCAAGACCAAAGAAAUUCCGAGGGAAACGGGUGUACCUGUUGAGCAGUAGAGUCCAUCCAGGAGAAACUCCAGCCAGUUACGUCUUUAAUGGUUUUCUUGACUUGAUUUUAAGAGAAAAUGACCCACGUGCCAAAGCCCUUCGCAGACAGUUUGUUUUUAAAAUGAUUCCAUUGUUGAAUCCUGAUGGCGUUCAGAGGGGACAUUACAGGACAGAUCAGCGAGGUGUGAACCUAAACAGAUUAUACCUCGACCCAGAUAUCAACCUCCACCCUUCCAUCUAUGCAUCAAAGAGUAUUCUAGUGUAUCAUCACAUCAAAAACAGAAUCAUUAAGGAAGGAGAUAAAUUAGACAUCAAAAUUACUUUCCCAGGGUCAAAUGUUGUAUCAUCUAGUCCGGAUAUUCCUAAAUAUUCACCUCGAUCUGCCAAAAACUCCAAACUCCCCCCAAAAGUGGGAGACAGUAAAGGUGAUAUGCAGACAACUGCUGGUGCUAAAUCAAAAGGAGAUUACAAUGCUAACAACAAUCACAGUGUUCUAAAUGGAGGCCAUACUAUUGUGGAAAAUUCUCUUCAGACCAAAGAAAAUUCUUGGGUAACUGAAAACCAUGACGGUGGCUUGUUGCCUCCCAAAAUGAAAGUAGAAAAGUUAAAUCUGGCUGGCCUAGAUGGGACUGACACAUCCCUGUACGGAGACAAUACUAUGCCUGCAGAUAUUUCCAUGGAUGAUCGUGGACGUGUGUCAUCUUCCUGCAGUAGUAUUCUGAGUAAUGCCACGAUACAAGACCGGAGAACAGUUGACAGUGAGCUGAGGCUGAGACUGUCAGAGUUAAACAUGUCCGACGACAACUGUCGUGGGAAGUUAUCACACAUGAGUAUGUUGACUAUGAGUGUGGGAUUAAAUGACUCGGACAAUGACGAUCCUAACACAGAACAUCUUGGUAAUGAAGGCUCAGAGGAUGAGGGAGAUUUUACACCAUCAAUGAUUUCUCGUACAAACUCUCCACAUCUGUCCUCUCCGUGUUUACGAGAAAUUCCUCCUCAGGAAAGUGGCAUUGCCUUUUAUGUAGACUUACACGGACAUGCCUCCAAAAGAGGAUGCUUCAUUUAUGGAAAUUAUUUUGAAAAUGAGGAUACACAGCGCUCUCUAUUGCUGCCCUGGAUUACACCGACACCAAUCCGUGGUCCAGACUGACUUUGUCGGAGAUGAACAGUGUACAUGGUGUUCGGGAAAGUGUGAAACGCUACCUUAGAGGUAUGAGGGGAGGACCACGAAUUCCUAGGAAUCCUUCCAAGUCCUUCCUUAAAAACAGUGUUACAACUAAUCAGAACAAUAAUCGACUGAAUCGUAACAACAAUGACCCAGGACCCGGAGGCAGACAACUUCCCGCUCGUAUGAACUCUGUGGAAUCUGUCACUAGUAGUAACAAUUCUGCUUCACGUUUCAACCGUCGUGACAUGCAGAACUCACAGAACCAGAAAAGGGAGCUGGGGCCCGUCAGAGAAACUACCAGACCUACCAUUGUACCACAACAAAGGCGACGUGGACAGAAUGUACCCAACUUUGGAUCAACUACUUCAAGAUCUGUGGGACAGCCAAGUAGUUCAGGCAGUGGGUCAGCUCCAGUCACCCUCACACUGACCAAUGCUCAGAAUAAUGACGUGAAAGUGAUGAGACAGAUGUCAGCUGAUGCUACAACUCGUAGCCCAGACGAUGAAAAGUUACAGCCGCUUCGUCAUGUUAACCUGUUGGCUAUAGCAAAGAGGUCAGGACCCCCAAGUCGGAUCCCAUUACCCACAGGAAACCAGCCUGUCAAAAUGGAUGUUCAGACUCCGCAAGAUUUGCCUCCCCCUCGGGUGCCAAGUGGACGAUGUGGUUCCCGUUAUGGUCAGAGAUCAAAUAUGCAGGCAUAUCCAUUGAAAAAAGCUAAUGCAGAACAGUUGCCAUCAGAAACUCCACGUCAUUCCAUACCAGAUGGACUUGGGGCCAGUCCAUCUUCUGUGGGACCCAACACUCCUAGCAACUUAUACAGUCUCAAUAACAUGCGUCAGAAUGCUAACACAACCAUGGUGCAUAGUGCACGAAGUCUUCACAGCAUAGGACCAUCGUCCUCUUUGGCAGGUCAGGCAUCCUCUUCCAGCAUCUCUGGGGCCAACUUCUCAGCAUCAGGACCAAACCUCGGCCAGCAAGAUGGGGAUACAGGAGGCCCUCUUCCACAGCCUCCUUCAACAGCAACUGAGAACACCACAGCCACUGAACCUAACAACGAAUCCCCAAAGCGCCGUCGCCGAUACAUGUACUUAAAGAGGAGGAACCCAAGCCCUAAGAUGGGGAGUGCAGGAAACAAGGGGCAGCACAGACAGCCUGGUAUGGCAGACACGUCAAGUAGUGAAGCUAGAUCUGGUAGGCGUAGACGCCGCAAAUCUAUGAGGAAGGUCAAUCAGUCCCCAUCCUCCGAUGAGACUGGAGGCCAAGUGGACUUUGGUUUAAGUAGUGCUGGUGGUGGAAAUGGCAGCACACUGGACGCCGCCAACAUGAAAGUGUCACCAAGCAGACACAACAACAAUUUACUCGACAACACAGACAUUCCGAUCACCCUUAGGGACCUACCAGGCAAUGACAGAAGUCGCUUCAACUCCGCGAGAGCUACACCCAGUCCAAUGACAUAUGAUUACAAAAGGCUGACCCAGUCCUCCAAGGUACAAAGACAUCACCAGGCUCCAAGUAAACUCACUGUCUUCUGGAUAGACUGAUUACCUAUAUUAUGCAGCUCUUCCCCCACGAGGCAUCUUAAGACUGAACAUUUGUAUGAAAAAAGCAAGUGCAUGGAUUCUUUCAGUCAUUUCCUAUGCUGGUCUGCUAGAUAAACUGUGACUUACUGAUCUUAUCUCCAAAUGACCUUGUGUCCUUAAUCACCUCACAUACAUGAUCUCCUGACAUUGUCUAUGAUUGAUCUUAUUGUAAACUGACCUUUUGACCUUGAUCCCCCGAUUUUCUGUCCUUGAAUGACUGACCUCGUGUCCGUUCUUGAUUGACUGACCUCGUGUUAGUCCUUGAUUGACCGUCAUUGUGUCUGUCCUUGAUUGACUGACCUUGUGACUGUCCUUGAUUGACUGACCUCGUGUUAGUCCUUGAUUGACCGACAUUGUGUCUGUCCUUGAUUGACCGACAUUGUGUCUGUCCUUGAUUGACGGACCUUGUGUCUGUCCUUGAUUGACCGACAUUGUCUGUCCUUGAUUGACUGACCUUGUGACUGUCCUUGAUUGACUGACCUCGUGUUAGUCCUUGAUUGACCGACAUUGAGUCUGUCCUUGAUUGACUGACCUCGUGUCUGUCCUUGAUUGACUGACCUUGCGACUGUCCUUUAUCGAUUGACCUUGUGUCCUUGAUGGCCGGACCUCAUGUUCCUGAUUUUUCUGACCUUGUGUCCUGACAUUGCAUCCUUGAUCAUCUGACCUUGUGUCCUUGAUAUCUUGACCAUGUCUAUGAUUGAUCUUAUCCUUGACUAACUGACCUUGAUUUACUGACCUUCUCCUGUCCUUGGUAAUUGAUCAUGUGACCUUUUAUUUGACUGAUCUUUUCUCCUUGAUCAAUUGAUCUGUCCUUCAUUGACUGAAUUGGUAUCCAGACGUAUCUCAUCUUUGACCUCACUUCCUUAACCACUGACCUUGUGCCCUUGAUCGACUGCUCUCGUGUCAUACAAGGGAAAAUAGCUGAAUACAUACAGCUAUAUUUCUUAUUAUCAUUCAAUUUAAAUUUUAGUUCUUUUUAAAAGUGAAAUCUCAAAAUUUUACAUUGGACUAAGUAAUUUGAAGUGUAUAGCCUGCUUUAAGUAAAUCUGAUGUAGAUUUAUAAUUGUGAUCAAUAAUUACUGUGUUUUAAGUUGUACAUCUGACAUGCAAACAAUUCUGCAGAUGUGUUGUUUUAAGCCAAUAGCUACUGGUAUAGCUAGUUUUAGAAUCUCGUUAAUUUAUUAUCUUUUAUAUGUCAUACAUGUUUUAGUCUUUAAUUGCUAUCCUAACAAUUUGGAGAGCUAAAAUUUAUGUGUAAAAACUACUGUGAUGUUAAUCUUCUGUUGAGCUGAUAUUUUCAUGUUUUGUCUGAUUUUAAUAUGUUUAUUUGUAACCAGAGAUAGGUUGCUAUGGUAUAAACAGAGAAGUUGUUUAAUAGAUGUUUAAAAGGAAGCCUUCAAAUUUAUUGUAUGAAUCUUACAUAUGAUGAUAAAUUUGAUUAUCUUUAAUAUACUUUUAGUUGUUCUGCACAAGGACUGUUGUUGGCAUUUUUGUAUUAAAGAUGAAUCAAUACCAUUAUCAGCAUUUGUCAAUAAUGGCAUGAAGUAAACAUGUUAUAGUCCUAUCAACACAAGUGUUUUGUGGCCCAAAAUGACCCAUCUAAUUAACCUACGACAGGUUAAAAUUUAGUUAAAGUAUGUUACGUAAACAAAAGUUCAACAUAAGUGAUCACCCCAGUUACUGGUUAAAUUUUUCUGUAAUGGCUAUUUUGGGUUUUUGGCAUAUUUUUUUUAGAGGUGCUACAUCUCUGACAUAGUUAUUAAUAUGAUCAACUGAAAACAAGAAAAAAUGCUGUUGUACCAUACAAUACCAAAAGUUACAUAUGUUGUACUAUUACCACCCUCUAAAAGUUACACUAUUACCGCCCUCUAAAAGUUAAACUAUUACCACCCUCUAAAAGUUACACUAUUACCGCCCUGAGUUACAUAAUUUACACUAUUCUUUUAAAAUGAAUGACUUACUAAUUGCGCCCUGACUUUAUCAUACUCUGCCUUUCAGUUUUAUAAGCGGUCACUUUAGGACACUUAUUAUCUAUCAUUUAUUGUUAACAUCAUCAUGUACGUACUAUGAUGCGACUCCUUUCCUUCCUCCUCCAUAUUUGUUAGCUUCCAGUUGUUUUACCUGGUAUUUAAACCCUAAAUACCUUCCCCAAUACAAGCCAGUCAUAGAGUUACUUUGUCCCCAAAUGACCUUUACCUUUUAUCUCGUGACCCACAAACUUUUGGUCAGUUGACUUCUUGUUUAAUUCCGACCAACUUUGCUUCAUUUCACCAAAAAAUGUUAAUCUGUAAAAAGAUACAGAAUUUGUCUUAUGUCCUCUGACCCAGUGGUUUGUCCUUCUUUAGUCAGCUGACUCUUUGUUUAAUUACUUCAUUAUUGAAUGUCAUAUCAAAAUAUUCAUCACUUAAAUGAUACAAAAUAUGACCUCUGUAUUUUUGUGAACUGAGCAUCUCAAGUUCAUGUAAAUCGGUCAAUAAAUACUAGAGUAAAUAUUAGGCAGGAACAAAACGUGUGGGUGGACGAACUUCUGGACAGACAGAACAAGUACUGUAGGGCACUAGUAUCUUUGAUAAAGAGCUAUAAUUACAUUUCUAUACAGUGUGUGUCAUUUACUACAUUUUUGUGAGAGCUGUAUAAAUGGUCAGUGAUGUAGCAUCUUUAAUAUUUUGCCAUAUUUUACUCGGUGUAAUCAAAAUUAGACUUCUCUACGAUAUACACUGCAGUACAAGAUUCCCCUUCAAAUAUAAGCCAAUGAAAACUGAUCAAUGACAUCAUUAGUCAACCAAUAAAAAAAAGAGUAUUAUACAAGAUGGUGUUGUUAGAUCUUAUUACAAGUCUAAUUUUUGGUCAAUGAACACGAAGGUGGGAAUUGGGCAGGCUGUAUCAAAAUCGCAGUUGCUAGAUAUAUUUCCUAUAAAUAUCAAUGUGUCUGGUGAUUUUGGUUUCAGUAGACAAUACAUGUACAUUAUUGCACCAUUGAUAUUACCUUGUAACUGAUGUGUAGCCAUGGUAAAGAUUUGAUGUAUGUAGUUGUGGUGUCUAGAUUUUAGUGUGAUAAACAUAUAGACUGUGAUAUAUUGUAAAUUCCUAUAUAAUUUGUAACAAAUGUAUUUAUUUAUGCCCUAUUACUUUGAUUUUAUCAAAUUUUACAUGGUUCCGAACCAGUUACAUAAUUAUAUAUCUAUAUAUUCUAUUUUUAUCAAAUCGGGAAUACGUAUACUUUCAAUAAUGAACUGCAUUGUAUUGCAAGAAACUUGUACAUUUAUAAAAGUAUAAUGUCAUUAAAGCCUGGAAUUUGAUUGACAUGGCAUUUACAGCGAAGAACAAUUGUGGGCAUCAUUUUAAGGAUGUAGAAAGCUAAUAGAGUAGAUUAUUUUAUCAACAGUUCACACACCAAAUAGUAGAUUUAUUAAUAUUACAUGUCACAGGGCAUGUGUUCCGUCCUCAAAUAAUCAAUUUUAAUUUUUGAAAAUGUACAAUAAGAAUAUUCAUACUUAAUCUAGAGUGUGAAGUAAUUAAAAGACAAUGCCACUUUUCUAUGAUCGUAAUGCAUUCAACUUGAACGGUUUCACUACUAUGCAAAAUCCAAAAGGAUUAAAGUCAUGUUAUACUUGGAAAUAACUUCUGAUGUUUAUAGUAGUUUUGAUACAUUUAUGAAUGAGAAUAUUACUUUGCAUGUGGUGCUGUAUUCAAACAUAAAAAUCAAUAAAUUGACAUCUACAGUGUAUUAAUGGUCCCACUACCUUGUGGUGUAGCUGGGCGACUUUCCAGAUCUCAUUACCUACAAUCAAAAUUUCAUCCCGAUGAGAUGUUUUGUUGAUUAUCUUCCAAACAAGUAUAGCAAUAAAAAGUCUUUAUGGUUGAUUAUCUUCCAAACAAGUAUAGCAAUAAAAAGUCUUUAUGGAUUUUAGUUCAGACUAGCAGACCAAAUUGCUAUCCCAAAAAAUUGUUCACGUUCAUAAACUACUCCAAACAUUUUGGUAGGUCAAUUACGGUGUAUUAUAUACAAAUGUGUAUAUGAUGGACGAGAUGUCAAGUGAACUAUAUCUAUUGUUUACAUAAAGUACAGGAUUUAAUAUGAAAUUAUUUCAUCGGCCUAUAUUUAUAUACAGGAUGUAAAUGUCUAGUGAAUGCUUGCAGUCAACUGUUCAAUACAGAUUUUAUUGUUGAAAAGAUAUGGGCAUUUUUGGGAAUAUAUUUGUAAAAAUUUAGUCAAGCUCCAAUCAAUGUGCAAAACAGUUUUACAUGAUAUCACAUUAAAGGACAAUAAUGUAUGGGCAUUUUUUUAGACAAUAUAAUGUACAAAGAACAAUAGCUUAGGAGAUCCAGGCAUUUUGAGACAAUACAAUGUAUGAAGACAAUGUACAAAGAACAAUGAAGGAACGCUAUGGACUCCACUAGAAAGUAGAGUAUUUAGAAUUGUGGGUUUUUAAUGGACCUAUGUAGAUCGGACUCAUUGUACAUUUUGUUGAAUGCAAUUUUUGUGCCAUAGAAUUUCAAAACAUCUAGUAUACUAAACAGUUUUAGGGUAUAACAAAAUCUAAUGUCAUUCCGUAUUUGUAUUGGUUUGUGAAGCAUUUAUUGAAAUUAUAUUAAAUGAUGUUUGGACAAUAUUUUAUAUAUGCAAUACAUAUAGAAAUCUUAUACUGGAGCUCACCCGAAUCUAAACCUUUUAUCAACAUUUCCUUCUGAAACACUGCAGAUUCUUGUGUCUGGCCCUUUGUGAGGCAGAGAGGUGGGCUCAACAGUAGAAAGAUUUUUAUCUAAAUAUUUUUGUCUUGAUUAAAUUGGGUCCUGAUAAUUUUAGGGUGAAUGGGCCAAAUUUUGUGUAAAUGGAAGGUCUCCGAUAUAAAAGUUUGAAACUAAUACUAGUACUGUAAUGAUGAACAAUCAUCAUUUACCACAAUUUAUAAAAUAUCCAGGUGAGCAAUGGAGGCCCUUUUGGCCUUUUGUUCUGUUUGCAUUAAAUAGGUGAAGGAAGUGAACUGGCUACUUCUGUGAAGUUUAGGUCUGGUGCAACUGAACAAGUUUUCCUCAACAUUGAAUGUUUAUUAUGUCGUGUGUGCUGGUAAGAUACAUCACCAACAAGGUGGUCAACAUCUGUUCAAUAAAUCUAUGAUAAAACUGA